AUGUCGAAGAGAAAAGAAACAGCUGAACCAAAUGAAGAGGAUGAUUUACCAUACGCAAAAAGAAGUUCAUUGGUACCGAAUAAAACACAAAAUGUUACGUAUGAUUUUAAUAAGAAAACAGUUGAACAUUAUCCAUCUCGUUUAUUAGAAUUAAAUCGUCAAUUUACGUCCACAAUAGAAGCACAAUUUUCCAAUGAACCGUACAGUAUAUUCGUCACAAACUGUCUGGAUUAUGUUAAAAAAUAUUUUCAAUACGAAGAAGAAUUGUUGAAAUAUUCUCCAUGGUUAAUGACAAGAUUAAAACAACAGCGACGCUUCGUUGAAUCUGUCCAAGAAACGAUUAAUCUUUAUGAAGCUCUGGCUUGUAACGAUUUUGAACGUUUAUUCAAUAAAAGUUCUUCAAUUGAUGUCACCAGUUCGACUUCAGUUCCGACAGUACCCUCUUCUGUCACAACAACAUCAGUUUUACCACUCGAUUUUAAUCCAUUACCAAUUUUUACCACUUCACAACAAAUCACCAAGCAAACUACAGCUGAUGCAAGUAAACCAUCCUUGAACACUAAUACAAUGCCUGAAACUUCAACAUUGUUAAACGAUUCAAAUAAAGAUCGUGUUAAAUCAAGUGGCAGAUCGUUUGAUUUAUUAGAGAAGUCGAAACAGCAACAAGAAACAUUGUCCACGAUUUCAAGCACACCAAUAUCGUCAGUUGCAGACAAAAAUGUUAGAAAUGAUUUUCAAGCAUUUCCAACAUUUCAAUUCACUUCAUCGCCUUUCUUAUUCCAACAACCAUCAUCAACAACAAACACAACAAUUACUCAGAGUCCUUUAUUUAAUUCCCCGUCUAAAACAACUACUUCCUCAAUGCUAUCAACAAGCACAUCACCUACCAUUAGUGAAUCGUCUUUAUUG